UUCUUGGCCAUUAUUACAUGGGCAGUUCUUAAUUUUUCUUAUUUGCAUCAGAAUAAAUGUAUUUUUUUUUCUUUUUGGUGCAGAAUCUGACAAAGAUUAGGAAUUGUUGGAAGGAGAUAAACUUGUCGAUGGAAGAGUUCAUGAGAGUUGAACAUGAAUCAGAGGACCAAACCGAAUCACUCGUUGAAGAAGAAGAACCAGAGGAAGAAAAUGGAGGAGUGGAAACGACAACAUAUCACGGUUACGACAAAGAUAUCAAUGCCACUAAUGGUCCUGAAAAGGAAUUGCAGGAAUCUCUUAGCGUGGAGAGAGAUGGGAAGUACCUGAACAUUCACUUCGAGUGUCAUUGUGGAAAGAGAUAUCAUUUCCUACUUGUUGGUGGAAGUUGCUUUUACAAGCUUUUGUAG